AUGGCGCUCAUGAAUGGAAGCAUGAAUCUAUCAUCGUCGAUAUGCAACCACCGUCAAUCAAAUUUCUCCUCCUCCUCCUCCGUUCCAAGACCUACUUCCUUCCGGAUCUCCGCCGUACAAACCGAUCCUAAACCAUCGGCGGCGGUAACGACUCCGACGAAACCCGUCGGAGUUAAUGUAGGUAAAGGAAAAUGGGCACCGGAGAGCUGGAAGACGAAGAAAGCUUUGCAGCAGCCUGAGUAUCCUGAUUUAUCGGAGCUUGAAGCUGUGUUAGAGACGAUCGAGGCUUUUCCUCCGAUCGUUUUCGCCGGAGAAGCUAGAUUGCUUGAAGAACGAUUAGGUCAAGCAGCAAUGGGUGAAGCUUUUCUCUUACAAGGAGGAGAUUGUGCAGAGAGUUUCAAAGAAUUCAACGCAAACAACAUUCGUGACACCUUUAGGAUUCUUCUUCAGAUGGGUGCUGUUUUGAUGUUCGGAGGUCAAGUCCCUGUCGUUAAGGUUGGUAGAAUGGCGGGUCAAUUUGCGAAACCGAGAUCGGAUUCGUUUGAGGAGAGGAAUGGAGUGAAAUUGCCGAGUUACAGAGGAGAUAACAUCAAUGGAGAUGCUUUUGAUUCGAAAUCUAGGAUUCCUGAUCCACAGAGGAUGAUCAGAGCUUAUUGUCAAUCUGCAGCUACUUUGAAUCUAUUGAGAGCUUUUGCUACUGGUGGUUAUGCUGCUAUGCAGAGAGUUACUCAGUGGAAUCUUGAUUUCACUGAAAGAAGUGAGCAAGGAGACAGGUACCGCGAACUAGCUAAUCGUGUUGAUGAGGCGCUCGGUUUCAUGCACGCUGCUGGACUAACCCUCGAUCAUCCCAUAAUGCAAACAACUGAUUUCUGGACUUCUCAUGAGUGUUUACUCUUGCCCUAUGAACAAUCACUAACUAGGCUAGACUCAACCUCUGGUCUCUACUACGAUUGUUCUGCUCAUAUGAUUUGGGUCGGUGAGCGAACUAGACAGCUUGAUGGAGCCCACGUCGAGUUCUUAAGAGGUGUUGCUAAUCCUCUUGGAAUCAAGGUGAGUGAUAAGAUGGAUCCAAAGGAGCUCGUGAAGCUGAUUGAGAUCUUGAAUGCUGACAAUAAGCCUGGAAGGAUUACAAUAAUCACAAGAAUGGGAGCAGAGAAUAUGAGAGUGAAGCUUCCUCAUUUGAUCAGAGCUGUGCGUCGCGCUGGACAGAUUGUGACUUGGGUCAGCGAUCCGAUGCACGGAAACACCAUUAAGGCUCCUUGUGGUCUCAAGACUCGUCCAUUUGACUCCAUCUUGGCUGAAGUGAGAGCGUUCUUCGAUGUGCACGAGCAAGAAGGGAGCCACCCGGGAGGUAUUCACUUAGAGAUGACCGGUCAGAACGUGACUGAGUGCAUUGGUGGUUCACGCACAGUCACUUUCGAUGACUUGGGUUCGCGAUACCACACGCACUGUGACCCUAGGCUUAACGCUUCGCAGUCUCUCGAGCUCUCCUUCAUCAUCGCUGAACGCCUUAGAAAGAGAAGGAUCAAGUCUCAACAGGCUUUUGCUGUCUAA